AUGCUUCAGCCUGUUGUGAUCCUGCUAGCAGCCUCAGUUCCUGCAUGGGCGAAUUCCGUGGGAGCUCCGGCAGAAGCUUGUCUUACGCUCUUGCCGGGACACGACGAAGAGCCACAGACGACGGAUGCCCCGUUCCGUCUCGAGGUGAGCUCGCGCUGCAAUGAAGUCCAGCUCGAUCUCGUCGGAAGCGAAACUUUCAAAGGAUUCUUGAUAAACGCCCGUUUGGCUUCUGAUCCGGGGCAAAUCGUCCCGGGGACCUUUUCGGCUGAUCUCUACCCCAACGCCCAAGCAAUCGACUGUUCGAAUGUGAGAUAUUCGGGACUCACGCAUACGGAUCCGAGCAACAAGACUGCCAUCCGAGCGGUGUGGAACGCACCCGAUGGAUUCGACGACAAAAUCGUCUUCAAAGGUGCCGUGGUGAAAGCCUUCGAUGAGUUCUGGUCCAACAUCACAUCUCCCGUGAUCGCGGUCAAAGGAAAGAGCGCUACAGAACCGUACAAGCCCGAGAUCGAAGAUGAUGUGUACGACAAGUGCGGAGUCACUGCAGGGUGUACCGGGCUUCCUCGAGACUGCAUCGAUACGAAGGACUGUGAAGUCCUUCUCACCUACACCGAGGAGCCAGGCUUCGGGUAUCGAUUCGAACUGGCGACGACGGCGGGGGAAAAUCAUUACGCGGCCGCAGCGUUUUCGGAUGACGAUCGGAUGGGUAACGAUGCCGUUGUCGAGUGCGUGGAUACCAACGGGAACAUCGAAAUCAGAGAAUCAUGGAACAAAGCGAACGAGCGAGUCAAUGAAGUGCUACCUACGUCGAACAUACAGAAGGUCUCUCAAAAGUCGGAAGGUGGCGUGAAAAGCUGCGUAUGGAGGCGACCGUAUUCUACAGAAGUCGGGGGUUUGAAUUUUGAUUUGAAAGGAAGGAACUACAUCUUCCUGGCCUCAGGAGACGUCUCCGACCAGGGCGGAGGCAAGAGCAAGCACGACGAGGUAGUUGCUUCAGAUCGCCCUGUGGACCUGAGUGCUGCGCGAGUCGAGAGGGUCGACGAUUCGCAUCUUUGGAUUCAGACUCAUGCAACUCUGAUGACCGUGGCGUGGCUUUUCACCGCCUCGAUCGGCAUCAUGCUUGCGAGACAUUACAAGAAUGUCUGGGAGGACGGAACGCCUUUCGGCGUAGAGACGUGGUUCGCUUGUCAUCAACUCCUCAUGGGCUUGACUCUGACGUUCGCGAUCGGCGGUGUGCUCACGAUGUUCUACCGUUUCGGGAACCUCUUUCCGCGGGCUGGCUGGCACCCGAUCCUCGGAAUGACCUCCCUUCUCUUUGGAAUCCUCCAGCCGAUCAUGGCUUUCUUCAGAUCCAAGCCAGGCACACCGAUACGUUCGAUCUUCAAUUGUAUCCAUUGGUUCGUCGGGAACACCGCAUACGUUUUCGGAUUUGCUGCGAUUGUCUUCGCAAUAGCCAAAGCUGAUAUUCACGACAUUUGCUGGUUCAUCUACCUUCUCAUCGCUUUCAUAAUCGUCAACGUCUUCUGCCACGUGAUUCUUCUGAUCUACGAGAGCGCUGAAGAUGUGAAAGCUGUGCGAUGGGCCGUCGAGCGGAAGUCACCUGAACAGAUGGAAGAGAUCAGCGAGCGAGAUACGCCGGGCACCAAGUUCCGACGCAUGAUGCUUGGCGCUUAUAUCGCCGGAUUGCUCUUGACCGUCGGUCCUCUGAUUGCUCUCCUAUGGACGAAUGGGACCGAACUCAUGUACUGGAAUGCAUGA